AUGGCCUCUCUGCUAGGAGGUAAGGCGUGUAUGGACAGUCUGCGCAAUGAUGUUCAAGAUGUCCAUUGGUCAAUAGCAGAUAUCAUCUCUAGAACUGGUCCAGUAGAAUUUCCUUCCUGGAAGUUUCCAGAUAAAUUGUCAGGGGAUAUAGAUAUGGAUGAGUUAUUGGAACUGUAUGAUUAUUGUGAUGGUGAUUCUGAAGGAAAUCAAGUAGCUCAUAUUGGAUUGUAUGAACUUGUUAUUGAUAGAUUAGUUUAUUUACUUCACACUAUGUCAAAAUACACAGAACAGUUACAUGGGAAUUUAAAACAAGGUGGAGACAACUCUCAAAGUACUAAUUGCUCUGUUGGCUUAGUGGUAAAAAAAUAUUGUGGUCGUUUAAUUCAUCUUCAUACCUUAAUACAGCAAAGUAAAUCAAGAAAAAUAGCAGAACUGGAACAGACGGUCCAUAAAAUAAAUGGAGAUAUAUCAUUGAAUAGUGUCAACAGUCUUACGUCAGACCAGAACUUUUCAACAUCAAAUAUAUCUGAAAUUUCAGAUUUUACCACUGUCUCAUUGCCAAAAUUAAACAUUUCCAAAGAUGAAUGUAACAAAUCAUCACAGACUAUUGAAACAGCUUUUAUACCUUGUGAAUCUUGUGAAGUCGUUCAGAAAAAUCUACGAGAAACAGGAGACCUUGUUGUUCACGUUUGUACUACACAAGGACUUCCGUCGUCUUUGAAAAAAUUCCGUCCCCAAGUCGCAGGAUAUGAUUGGUUAAGUGCUAAUGACAUUACAAGAUGGACACAUGAACAAAAUAAAGAUUUGUCUCGCAUUAAUAAGUUUGUGGACCAGGUAGUGCUAGAAGUGAAUCCAUUAAAAUCAGAAGUGACUGCAUUUGAAAAGGAGACAAAGAAAAUGGAGCACAAAGUUCGACAAAUUGAAAAUGAGCUGAAGUUAGAAAAAGACACGCAAGCUGCUAUAAAACGACAGUAUGAAAUCAAACUUCAAGAAAGGGAAACAACUCAUAAUGAAACUAUUGACAGUGUUAAUCGACAAAAGGAAGAAGUUGUUGCAUCAAGAAAAGCUUUAGAAAAGGAAUUGGAAUUAAAACAAGAAGAAUUAAGAAAGCAACAUAGUGAAGUUGAGAAUUUAGUUGAAGAAGAAGAAAUGAAAAGAUUAGAAAAUAAAGUUAAAGAUUUAAAUCAUGAGUUACAUAAUGUAUCAGAUAAACUAGAAAUACAAACUAAAGAUUAUAAUAUGGAAAUUUCCAAAAAUAAAAGUGCCCAAAAACGAAAUGAGACACUCCAAGCCAAACAGACAAGUUUAUUAGAAAGAAUAGAUCAACUGGAUAGAGAGAAUGAAGAAUUAAAAGAACAAAUGAAUGAAUUAGAAGAAGAGAGAGAAAGUAUAACAGAGAAAUUAGAGAGAAUCCAAGCAGAAAAUGAAAAGCUACAACAACAAUCUGAAGAACAAAAGGCUAUGAUGAAAAAAUUGGUAUCAGAGAAAGACAAAUUAGAGAAGAAUAUGGGAGAAACAAAGAGUUUAAUUGAAAAACUGGAAGAACAAGUCAAAGAGGCUCGAGAAAGAGAGAAAUUACUUGUAGAAUAUCCUGAUUUAAACGGUCCUGUUAAUCCUGACUAUAAAGGAACUGGUAAUAUAAUGAAAGAUAUGGAGAACCAAGUGAAAGCUAAUCUUGUGCGAGUUCAAAUACUAGAACACCAAAGUGAAGGGCUACAAAAUUCUAUUUUUAAA